GAGAGAGUGUGAAAGAGAGAGAGAGAUCAGCAGUCCAACUAGAUCAGAUUGCAAAAGAUUGAUAAAGAGAGAUGUUCAGUUAAUAAGCAGCGCGGAGGACUGAACAGCUUCAUGUGAAGGAAAGUCUUGAUGUUGCCGAGGACGGAGGAGGAGCAGAGGACCGGCUGGACAAAUUGCCCCAGAAGAUGGAGAUACAAAAACCUGAAUUUUCACUGGGAUAAUCCUCGCUGAACGCUUCGUACCUGUUCUGUACGGGAGGCAACGGCCCAGCACGACAACAAAAAAGUGUCUCGAAGGUUCUGGUGUGAUUCGGUCCGGUCGCAACUGCGUCUUAACUGCGUCUCAUCUGCGCUUCCGAAAGCACCUGAAAAAAGAGAGAGAGAGAGGUAGAGCGAGAGAGAGAGAGCGAGAAGACAAGCAAGGAUGAAGAAAUUCAAGCGGAGUCUGCGCCUUGUGCUGAAGAUGAUGGAGUGGGUUUCUCCGGUAUUAGAGUAACACAAAGAAGGAGCAGCUGCGCUGGCAGAUGCAAAGAAUGCCUCAGUUUGGUUAACUGGGACACUGGGAGAGAAGACACCACCGUUUACUUCUGCAGCCCGGGGGGAGGACAGGUAGAGAGAAAGGGAUUGGAUGAGCGCUCGCGACAACCAACCAGCUCGCUGUCCACGACUCCCUAAAAUGCAACUCAGCCAGUGAUCACGCUGUGAGGGGCCUCGACAGCUCCGGGCCCGCACCUCCAUACGGACCUCGCAGCCGGAGCAUGAGCGUGGGCAGGAUCAACCGCUACAGCAUUGUGUCGUCUGAGGAAGAGGGCCUCCGCCUCACUACCAUGCAUGGUAUGAACGGCUUUGGCAAUGGCAAGAUCCACACGCGCCGCAAGUGCCGCAACCGCUUCGUCAAAAAGAACGGCCAGUGCAACGUGCAGUUUUCCAACAUGGAGGACAAGUCGCAGCGCUACAUGGCCGACAUCUUCACGACGUGUGUGGAUAUUCGGUGGCGGUGGAUGCUGUUGGUCUUCACCCUUGUGUUCGUUAUCUCCUGGCUGCUCUUCGGCUUGGCCUUUUGGCUCAUCGCUUUGCUGCAUGGAGAUCUGGAUAACCCCGCCGGAGACGAUAACUUCACUCCUUGCGUCCUCCAGGUCAACGGAUUUGUGGCGGCGUUUCUAUUCUCCAUUGAGACACAGUCGACCAUAGGUUACGGCUAUCGCUGUGUGACUGAAGAGUGCCCGGUGGCUGUCUUCAUGGUGGUCUUCCAGUCCAUAGUGGGAUGCAUCAUUGACUGCUUUAUGAUUGGCGCCAUCAUGGCCAAGAUGGCGAGGCCUAAGAAGCGAGCACAAACGCUGUUGUUCAGCCACAAUGCUGUCAUUGCCAUGCGGGAUGGAAAGCUGUGCUUAAUGUGGCGGGUGGGGAACCUGCGCAAGAGCCACAUCGUAGAGGCCCACGUGAGGGCACAGCUCAUCAAACCUCGGAUCACCGACGAGGGGGAAUACAUCCCACUAGACCAGAUAGACAUUAAUGUGGGCUUCGACAAAGGUCUGGACAGGAUCUUCUUGGUUUCGCCCAUCACCAUUCUCCAUGAGAUAGAUGUGCAGAGCCCCCUGUUUGGGAUCGGAAAACAGGAUCUGGAGACAGCAGACUUUGAGAUCGUCGUCAUCUUGGAGGGGAUGGUUGAAGCGACCGCCAUGACCACGCAAGCUCGCAGCUCCUACUUGGCCUCUGAGGUCCUUUGGGGUCACCGUUUCGAGCCGGUCUUGUUUGAGGAGAAGAACCUGUACAAGGUGGAUUAUUCUCACUUUCACAAAACCUACGAGGUGCCGUCCACCCCCCGCUGCAGUGCCAAGGACAUGGUUGAGAACAAGUACUUAGUCCCAAGCUCUAACGCUUUCUGCUACGAAAAUGAGCUGGCCUUCCUCAGUCGCGAUGAUGGCGAGGAGGACGUAGGCGGUGGUAGCAGGGUCCUGGCGAACCUCAGUCCAGACAGGAACAGCCGACAUGAGUUUGAGCGCUUACAGGCACCAAGGGCGGUGGAUCAAAGGUCAUAUCGUCGAGAGUCGGAAAUAUGACCUCGAACCAUUGACCCUGGAUCAACUUUCGGGCGGUGGAUAAAAGGUCAUAUUGUCGAGAGUCGGAAAUAUGACCUCGAACCAUUGACCCUGGAUCAACUUUCAAUAGCUGUAUCCAAGUGUGAAAUGCUGAACAAUGCAAAGUGCCAUAGGAAACGUUGACUGCUGGGGAACAGUAAGAUGGAGUGGAAGAACUGGGGGGGAAGCAAGAGUACACAACUUAGAAAAUUGUGGUAAGGAAUGUGUAAAAUCAAGGAAAAGGCAAAGGAAAGACCUUUUUCCUGAACGGAAACUUGAAUCUUUUUUCACGUGCUCAUUUUGAGUUAAGAGUGUUCAACGAUAGUGCAUCAAAGCCUAUGACAGAACCUUAUAAUCAAAGUGUAGGUGUAAAUACAUUGCUUAGGUAAGUUAUGUUUUGUGUGCAGUAUCAGUUUCCUCCCCGCAAAAGAACAGAUGUUGUUAUUUCAACUUCAAUUUUUGGGCCCGAAGGAGUGACAAGGCCUCGCUUGAGCUCCCCUCGCAUUGCUGCAACGCACCGGACCUGCGUUCACUGACACAUUUAAAACGCAAUGAGUCGAGAUUAAACAUCGGACAGUGAGCCAUGAGAACAAUUCAGCACUUCCAUUCAUGUAUUGGUGUGAUCCCAAACCUACCAUUGUAGGCUAAAUUGAUGGACCCAUGAAGAACAUAAGGAUGUAUGCAAUUGAAUGAAGCUUCACUCUGAUUAUAAUCACUUCAUGCCUCAUAUUUUGACCGUAUUUUUAAAAACAAACAUCUUAAAUGGCCAACACAUGUUGAGUCAUGUGGAAAGAUUGAGGAGUAGUCAGGUAAAACAAAACUAAAGCACAAAUGGAGGACAACUGUUUUGGAGUUCUUUCAAUGACCAUGUCUGGAGGAUACAGGUUGCAAUACCCACGUUUCAAUUAAAUAAAUAACAAUAGUAAAUAGCAGCAAUUUGUAGAGAGAAAGAGAUGCACCUUAAAAAGUUCAAAUCAAACCUUUAUAGUGACAGUCAGCAACAGGUUUUUCCAAUUCAGACUGUAACAAAACUGGCCUGAAUUGUUGAAACUUAAUGUUUUUGUCGUUUUAAAAAUAAAUCUAUGCAUAUUGUUAAAAGUAUCAGGGGAGAAAAUCCUAUUUCUGUUUGAGUAAACCAUGUCACGACAUUGCUUUUAUUAAUCCUCAGUGCUCAGCGUGAAGAAGAGACUCAAAUGUAUAGAUUGAAUUUCUAAAAGUAGCCGUUGCGUUUAUCACUCAAUCAUUCGUCUAUUUUAAUUGAAUUGAACUGAAAGUCAAAAUUGUAUUUAUCGUUAAACUUUUACAACGUUCACAGCAAGAAGAAAGAGAACCAAGAAAUGAGACCAAACGCCCCAAUUCACAGUAGCCGGCCCCACGGCUCUCCUUCAUUUUGCAUCAUAAGUGGGUGAACAAACUGUUCUUUAUGUUAAUAAUAAAAGAGUCAGCCUCUGUUUGAAACUAGUCCUAGUUUAUAGAUAAUACUUAUAUGACAAAUGUAUGCUUUUACAACAAAAAUGAAUUGUGUGUAAGACUAAAAACCUGCUAUCCCCCCCCUCUGCUGUGUGAACAGAUUUACAGCAGCAGCAGAAGGAAGAGAAAAUAGCUCCUUGUGUUGACUCCUUCUUAUAAACAUCACAUGUUGCAAAUGCAUAUUUAGCAAUAGACUAAUGCAAUGAGUCAAUACACAGGACCAAGGUCGGAUGGAAGCAAUAACAACUAAAGCACAUCUUUCUGAAUUCAUUUUAGUCGGCUUAUCCUUAAUGAUUCUCUUGCACUGAACGUGCAUAUUUAUAAUUCUGGAUCCAGAGAUUACGAGAGAAAGGCCCGUGCGAGGAGAAUGACCCGAAGUUCCUUGGUUUAUUGUACUUGUAUGCUUGUGAGUUCUCAGAUAUCAUACCAAAGUAAUGACUGUAGCUCAGACUUAUGUUUUGAAGUGAUUGUUCCCGACUUAAUCUUCCAAAGAAUUGUUUAACGGAUCUUGAAAAAAGAUAAUCAUACUCGAAAAAAAGGUUUGCAAAUGAGAUUCAUGUUAUUCCUAAAAAACAACCACAAUUAAACAAAAUCCCUGUUUGACUAAGCGUUAAACCAAAUAAAGUAAAUAGGUUAAGUUGUGGUUACAGAUUCAAUCUAGCAGUGUAAGAGACAAUGCAUGAUCACUUUUUCUUUUGGCAUGAACAAUAGCGUUAAAAAAUAUCUCUUGUUUUAGAUACAUAGUUAGAAUGUCACACUCAGACCUAAACAUGUUAAUAUUUGUACCACAACAUACUGUUAAUCAAGUCCAGGUGAUCCAUUACCUCACUAAAAGGCGGACGUUGUGUCCCUGUGGGUGCAUUUUAGUUACAUUUCAUUCAUAAGAGAUUACACGCGUGUUAAGAAAGAAGCCUACAGGAUAUGGUGGAAACGUACAACACGAGCACAUAGAAGAGAACCAUAAAAUGGUCGUUAUGUUGGUCACAAUGACUAAUAUUUUCCUAAUAGUCUUUUGACUCAGUGUAUGAUAUUUCUAGGUUACAUGUUGCUUUUUAGAACUAUGUGGGAUGUAGUCAAAUAUACAGAGCAUUUUUUGGCAAAUAAGUGAAGCGUUCUUUACCCGGCCCAAAAUAUUUAUUGCUUAUUACCUUCUGGGAAGGUUCUAUACACGGAUGUGUGAAGCCUCUGCACCAACUCACUGGCAAAUAAAGGGUGAAGCAUUUCUACUCAAUGAUUUUUUUUGCAGAUUGUUUCAGCUUUGUUGAUGCUCACCUGGGCCGUUAAAAAAGAAGCACACACAAUAGUUUCAGCUAAACAUAAAGAUUUAUAGUGUAAAAAGAAAAGUAAUAUUAAAGUAUAAUAGGGAAGCAGGAGGCUUAACAACCCGCUUAUUUUUAUACAAAGUUCUUUUUGAUAGAAUACGGCAAUCAAUAUUUAUCUGUUUUACUACAAUGAAAUCACUUAUUAGAGGCAAAAAUAUGAUUCUUGUCUCACUUUUCAAUGAUUUGAUGUCUGUUGUUUCAUUUCAGCACAGAUCCUCAUGAUUUAACAGGUAUUUCUCUUAAAGGGAUGAUUGGAAAAAAGCUUUUGACCUCUGUAGAAGUCUUCCUAUGUCCAGCAAAUUGUCUACUGGGCUUUUGAUUUUAACUCAAAGUCAUUUAAAUUAUUAAAUUAAAAACUAACUGUGAAAAAAG